GUAGUUAUGGGGCUUCUGCCAGAUAAAGCGAAGGUGUUGCCGCCGCCUGCUAUUGCAAAUAGGAACUCUGUAUGGCUUGGAUUUCUCGGCUGGUUAACAGCGAUCUUGGAUAAUGCUCUCAACCGUAGGCCACCGCUUGCAGCUGGUGUACAUCGCCAGGCUCUGUGGAUCACUGCUGGUGUGUUUGUUGGCUAUCACCUUACAAAAAUGGAGAACUACAAAUAUGCAAAACGCGAUCAGGAGAUGUUAGAAUACAUAAGAUUGCAUCCAGAGGACUUCCCAGAAAAAGAAAAAAGGACAUUUGCUGAAAUACUGCAAGACUUUAUUCCUGUCCGCUGAAUGACUUUGUAAAUCAAGCCGUAUGGAGUGGAAAAUGGCAGUUAGCAGUAAUUCAUUGAAGAAGUUAAUAUGAAAGUGAAUGAACAGUAAUAUUGGAAAGUCUUUGAGGAGCUGUGUUCUAAAUCUACCAUUAUCCAUUUUGAGUUAUUUUUCACAGGAAUGCACGUGACUAAAAUAGUCUUUGUUCAAUAAAUAUAUUGAAACAAG